CCCACAUCGCCGCGUCUGGUGCGUCAAAGUCGGGGAAGUUUGCCAUACUCCACUUCAGUCUCUGCUGGUCAUGCUGUCGAUCAUGUCUGUUGCCGAAGGCCAAAUGUAACCGUGAUCGACAUCUGCAAGCCUGCAACGACAUGCUCGCUCGACGUGCGCCCAGAGAUUGUGAGCAUGCAACCAUGUCCGCUGACCGGUAUGGUCGGCGAGAGGGUCUCUGCAUGGCAUCCCUGCUGUUGAGGCCGAUGCUUUACAUCGGUAAUCGGUUAUAAGAGUCAAGAUCGCCCACCUCCUCUUCCUGUGUCUUCAUCUCAUAUUCAGAUUGUCUAUGGCUAUUACCGCCUGCUGUUUUGAUACUGCUAACAAACACUGCUCAGAAUCGCGCACACUGUGAAGAAAGAUAUAUAUACUAGACUUUUUGCCUCCCCCACUCAAGAUGAGGAACUGGUACCGUCAUGGCCGCCCUCUUCGCGCCGCCAUCGGAACAUGCUGUCUUGCAGCCUUUCUGUUCUUCGGCUUCGACCAGGGAGUCUUUUCAGGUAUUCUGCAAAACGAGAACUGGUUGAAUCAGUUCCAUCAUCCGAACGAUACCAAGACCGGUAUCCUCGUGAGCUGCUACUGCCUCGGUGCCCUCUGUGGGUGUGGCCUGAACUUCUUCAUCGGCGACUACUUCGGUCGCCGCAAAAUGAUGUGGCUCGCCAUGUCGUUCGUCAUUGUCGGCGCCAGUCUACAGUGCUCGGCAUACACCGUCCCGCAUCUUGUCAUCGGCCGAAUCAUCACGGGCUUUGGCACAGGCAUCGACUCGUCCACAGUGCCCAUGUACCAGUCUGAGCUGUGUAGGAAAGAGUGGCGAGGCCGUCUCGUCUCCUGGGAGGUCCUGUUCAUUGGCGUGGGCAUCAGUUUCGCGUACUGGUUGGACUUUGGCAUGUCCUAUGCAGGCGGUGAGAUCGCAUGGCGUCUUCCGAUCGCGGUUCAACUCCUCUUCGCUAUAACCGUCAUCAUCCUCCUGUUCGGUCUCCCGGAGUCACCCAGAUGGCUGUUCAAGAAAGGUCGUGACGAAGAAGCCAUCCACGUUCUCUGCGCAGUAUUCGACCUCCCACCCACAGAUCCGUACAUCACUUCGGAAGUGGCAAACAUCAAACAUGCCUUGCGCGUCGAGGCUGGAGUCACCAGUCACAUGGCGCUGUUCAAGAAAGACAAGCUCAAGACGAGGAGAAGGAUAAUAUUGGCUUAUUUCGGACUGUUCAUGAAUCAGAUGGUUGGCAUCAAUUUGGUCGUUUAUUACAUGCCGACUGUCCUCAUCGACACCGUCAAACUCACGCCCCGUGUCGCACAAAUCAUCGCUGGAUUCAUCCAACUGAUGUUCAUCGUGGGCAACAUCGGCCCCGCCCUGGCCCUCGACCGCAUGGGCCGCCGUAAGACAAUGCUCUAUGGCGCCUUCGGCCUGGGAUGCUGCAUGAUGAUGGCGUCAAUUCUAUUGUCUUUCGGUAAACCUCACACCAGCGCCGCGGCCGUCGCUUUCUUUUUCAUAUACAUGAUUAUCUUCGGCGGUUCGAUAAAUGUCGUGCCUUGGGUAUACGGUCCCGAGAUCCUACCACUACAAGCCCGCUCGAGGGGCACAGCAAUCUCCGUCGCCGCGCAUUGGACAUGGAACUUCUUCGUCGUCAUGAUCACGCCGGUCCUGAUCAAUCGCCUCGGCUGGAAGACGUACCUGAUCUUCAUGGCCUUGGCGUUCAGUUUCGUGCCGGUCAUUUAUUUCUUCUACCCUGAGACGUCGAAUAUUAGUCUCGAGGAUAUUGAUCGCAUUUUCCUCAAGGAUGGGGAGAUGGCAAGUGAGAGGUCGUCGACGGUUGGGGAUGAUGAGUCUAUGGACAUGAGGGUUCGGAAUGAGCAGACAGAGAAAUUGGGGGAGAAACAUGCUGAGGGUGUCUAAGCUUGAAUGACCCACAGACUAGAGGUCAGGAGACUGAGGAGCACAGUGGAACCUGCGCGGAAGAGUGGUUUCCACAGAUGAGAGACACAAGUAUAUGGCGCAUCUGUGGUAUGGGGACAGCAGUCGAUCGGUCAAGCAUUCUGGGCCACAGCUACCUAACUUAUAUACACAAUUG